AUGCCCGAAGACCUGACCCUUCUAGAUGAGCUCGAGCACUGGAUUGAGUGUCAGAUCCCCCGCAAUCUCGGGGACCUGCCCAGGCAGCUGUUCGAUACUGUAGAGAGAGUCACUCAAGAGAUAUUCGACACUUUGAACAUUCACGGUCCGCCCUCCCUCUCCCUCCCUUUCCCGCCCUUCACCCUCAACGAGCCGCCACCGCCCGCUCCUCCCCUUCCGCCUCCGUCUACUCUGUCCACGUACGGUCUCGAACGCGUCGAGAAGCUCGCGAGAGCACACCCUUAUGCCUGUGCAGGUGGCGCGGCAUUGGUGUUGACAGUGGGGCUCGGAGCGGGGUAUGGCGCGUAUAAGCGGGGCGGAAUGAUGAUAGGGGGUAGGGCGGGAGUAAGGGGUGUGGUCAAUGAUGGGAUGUUGAAGGAUGCUAUAGUCAUCCUGUCGCCUUCGCCUAUGCCACCCCUGCUCUUACCGCUCGCUGUCAGCCUGCUCCGAUCUGGCUACAUCGUGCUUAUCGCCGUUCCGCACGUGGAUGAUGCGGAGCAGCUGGAGAGGAAGUUGUCUGGUCUGGAGGAGAAGAACGCACUCAGAGUCUUGAUUUAUGACCCGGACGACUCAUCCACCUUCCCACCUUUCCAUCGCUCACUCAACGCCACAUUGACCCUCCGCUUCCCCUCAAUCCACACCAAGGGCACGUCAGACCCGUACAAUCCUCGCCCAGACCACAUCCCGCACAUCUACACAUACAUUUCGCUAUACCCUCUGAACCCCUCACCUCCCUCCCAGCCGAGCCCACUUCCGGCUCUCCCCACCCUCCUCGCGCCCACAUCCUCUGAUGCGCCCGCGCGACUCAUCACCAUCUACCCCUCCGCCUCGACCCUCGUCCAGCCCGACUCCUUCGCCACCCAGCUCCUCGCGGCAAACCACCAUCUCCUCUCGCGCAACCUCGGGGCAUUCUCCCACGCCCGCUCCGUCUCGGUCUACAUUGGCGAUAUCCACCUGCCGCUCCUCCCUACCCUGAUCAUCGGGGGCGGGGCGCAGGUGUCUCGCCGACAGCAGGCUAAAGCGGCACUCAAGGAGGCGACGACGGCCAAGAAGGCCUCGAUCGUCAAGGACUACAUCAUGGGCUAUUUCUCAAGCCUCUAUACCCGCUUGGCGGCGUAUACGGGCCUCGGGACCGCCGGGCGCGAGUAUGAGCUGUUCGAGUCCUCCUUCCUUCGUCUUGUCCGGGCGGAUCGGUCUUGGCGUACCCGGUACCACUUGGGACAGUACUCGUAUCUCACCCUCUUCCUCUCUCGACUCCCUACGUUCCUCCUUCCUCGACUACUUCCCCUCCUGCCGGUCCUUCCUACCGCUACGGGACCUACUACCGGAAGCGGAUACGAUGUCCCGCCGACUCGGGGGGGGACUCAACCUCGCGGACCUCGGCCCCGUACCCCUCUUCCUACAGUGGCUAAGGGGAAUCUCACUGCUACGAGUACCAGCAGCAGCGACGAGGCGGAAGCGGACCUCGCGAGCAGCUUCCAUACGACCGGGACUAGUAGUUCGAGGGGUCAAGCGGAUGCGGGGAGCGACAGCAGUGCGCGGAGCAGGAGCAGCGAGGGGAGGGGGUUGGGGGAUAGUUGGGUGGGUGUGGAGGAUGGUGGGAAUUAG